AAUUUGACUUCAAUGGGUUCUACAACAACAGAAAUCGCACGAGAUCAGUGGGCACUUCUGAGAGAUUUAUAUGCCGGCGAUCGCAAAAAUCUCACGGGAUUCGAUCUAUUGGAGUACUUUAUAAACUACCAGCCAUUAUCAGAUGGCGAGUCAAUUAAGAUAUAUACAACCGAUAAGAAUUGGUCGGCCCAUGGCAACUAUAUACUCAUUCAUAAAAUGACCAAAAUGUCAUUCUUGUACCUGAAUACCAUUAGAGGAUCCUUAAAAGAUCUUGGUUAUUUAUUAUGUUCUUUAAAAAUCAAAGGUUUUCAUUUGAUAAAUGCCUAUGGGGAAGACUUGAAACCACUAGUGGAGCAAUACUGGUUGAAAAGAGGUCAAGAUCUGAAUAAAUUGGAACAUCCGGGUGCUGUAGUUUAUCACUUGCCCAGUUCUGAAGUUGAAAACAUGAAAACGGAUGGUGUAAACCCUUCGUUUAAAGUUGAUUAUCUUAGUUUGGAACAUGUUAACUUGAUAGAUCAGCACUGGGCUUAUCGCUCCGACGAUUCUUUAACAUUGAUAAGAGGAUUAAUGGAACACCAUGUCAGUGCUGGUGUUUUUAAUUCAAGCGGAGAGCCUUUAGCUUGGUGUCUGAGAUCUCCCCAUGGAAGUCUGGGAAAUCUGCAUGUCCUAACCGAUCAUAGAAGAAAGGGUUUGGGGUCCAUGGUUGUGCAAUUUAUAGCCAAAGAAAUAUUAAAAACUGGCUCGGAAGUUUUGGCCACAGUAUUGUUGGAAAAUAAAAGUAGUCGGAAUAUGUUUGAAAAACUGGGGUUUAGACCAAUUAAUAUACUAUAUUGGGCAGUAAUUCCAUGA